GGGCCGGGACGGCGUGCGCGCCGCGAGCAGCGCUGCUCUUCUGGUCCGGAGCUGCCAGCCUGCCUGCGGCCAGUGCGCGGGCCAUCGCCCAGCAAGCGGUAGCUGCCUCGGCCUUGCCAUGCUGCGUGCCGCCGGUGUCUGGAAUCCACGCCACCAAGGAACGCGGGACACGAGAUAAAGAGACGCAGAGCCUGGUGAGGCUGCCAUGUGGAGCUGCGGCCUGCUCAAUGGCACGGGUCAGGGCGAGGAGCAGCUGUGCCAGGAUCUGCGCCUAGGGCUGUGGGUCCUCUCGCUGCUCCAUCUGGUGGCGGGUGUCCCCGUUGGCCUGGGCUACAAUGCCCUGCUGGUGCUGGCCAACCUGAGCAACAAGAGCAGCAUGACCAUGCCGGACGUGUACUUUGUGAACAUGGCUGUCGCGGGCCUGGUGCUCACGGCCCUGGCCCCCGUGCACCUGCUGGGUUCCCCCUACUCCAGGUGGGCACUGUGGAGCCUUAGCAGUGAGGCCCACGUGACUCUGCUGAUCCUGUUCAAUGUGGCCUCCCUGGUAACCAUGUACUCCACUGCCCUGCUCAGCCUCGAUUACUACAUUGAGCGGGCCCUGCCGCGCACCUACAUGGCCAGCGUCUACAACACGCGGCACGUGUGUGGCUUUGUCUGGGGUGGGGCACUGCUGACCAGCUUCUCCUCCCUGCUCUUCUACAUCUGCAGCCAUGUGUCCUCCCGGAUCACGGAGUGUGCCAAGAUGCAGAACACAGAGGCUGCAGAUACCCUCCUGGUGCUCAUUGGCUACAUAGUGCCGGGCCUGGCUGUGCUGUAUGCACUGGUGCUCAUUUCACGGAUCCGGAAGGAGGACACACCUCUGGACCAGGAAGCAGGCAGGUUGGACCCCUCCGUGCACAGGCUUCUGGUAGCCACCGUGUGCACGCAGUUUGGGCUCUGGACGCCAUACUAUCUGAGCCUCCUGGGGCACAUGGUACUGGUCUCACGAGGGAGGCCUGUGGAUGGGCACUACCUGGGGAUCCUGCACUUUGCUAAGGAUUUAUCCAAGUUCUUGGCCUUCUUGAGCAGCUCUGUGACACCACUUCUCUACCGCUACAUCAACAAAAACUUUCCCAGCAAACUCCGGCGGCUGAUAAAGAAAAUGCACUGUGGGCAGCGGCGCUGCUCGCUGGACCCCGCAGGAGUACAGCAGGUGAUGGCUCAGGCCUAGGAAGAGGGUGCCCCAGGCCCAGUCCUGGGGCCCAGAGCCAGCCACGGACACUUGGGAGGCUCCACUUCCUCCCUCCCUGCUCUCUCAGCCUGGGAGAUGAGCUGCUCAGAGGAAACUGAAGUUCAACCGAACGCACAGCACUUUGUUACCUGGAAUGCCGGGCACUUUCUUCCCCAGAAAGAGAUGCACUGACGCAGGAAUGGCACAGGGGGUUUUUCUCAAAAAGACCAACCCUGGGCCAAGGCCAUGCUGUGGAAAGCAACAGGGGCCCUGUGUGAAGAACAGGCGCCUCUCAGCUAACCUCUUGGCCUUCCGACCUUGUGCACCUGUCCUGAAGAUGCAGGUCAUGUCCUCACUCAGCUGACCUGCAGCCUUGACAUCGAGCUUUUCUCAAACGUGAUGAGAACCUGAAGGCAGGGUUCACACACCUCCCUUUUUAUAUAAAAAGAUGUUUCAUAGAAAAUGCCAAGUUAUCAAGAUGAAGGAAACAAUGCAAGGAAAUGCAGACACUCGGCACAAGGACGGCACUCAGGACGCCUGCCAGGCACACUGAGGCUGCGCAGGAGUCACCGAAGGUGUCAGAUGUGGCUGGUUUGAAYGGGGACAAGUCAGGAGGGCUGGGCUGCCGGAUGCUCCUGCCCCCACCGAUAACAGCAGCUUAGUGUUUUCAGGAUAGAUCUGUCCUUCCAAUCAACUCCCCAAAGUGUGCACAAAAUGAAAUAUAAAUAAACCGAAGGAAGAAAACACUAUUAGGAUUUCUCACAACAGCAAAGCUGACGGGCCUUCCUGAGGCAGAGAACUGGGCACCAGUAGAAGUGCCAGCAAGGCACAGAAGGGCAUGAAGCUGGGCUCCCCACAGUGAUCAGGGACUGUAAAGUGGCCCUGAUCAGUCUGCUUCGGGCAGAGCUGCACAGGAAUGUCAGCCUUGGGGCAAUGCAGGUGAGGCAUCCGCCCCCCAGGCCAAGCCCAGAGGUGUCUACAGCCCGGCCAGUCACGCGUCAACCUCACGUGGACCUUUUGUCUUCACACUUACUAGACGUCUACUUUAAAACGUGGGUGUGGGAAGAACCUCCGCUGCAUCCUCCAUGUGCCCCGAUUCCAGUUCUCUAGGCUGGAAUUACAGGCCCACAGCCACCUAAUCCCCAAAUCUAAAACCCAGGAGGCUCUGCAAACAGGACAGUUUCCCUCAGGUGAUUCCUUGCAGGGGUGCAGGGUGGUGGGGCUGUCCUGACCACCCCUACUUCUGCAGAAACACUGGCAUGAUGUGGGGUGCUGCGCUAGCCCCUGCAUUCUCUCUGACCACCUGGGAACACCUGCCCAAAGGCCAUGGCGCCGGGCUGUACUGCAUGGCCUUCGUGUGUGGGCCUCAAGCGCCUGCUGUGGUCUGUAGGGAAAUUCAGCUGAGAGGUAGCUGCUUAGUUUUAUUUAUUACACACAAAGUACAUCUCCUCAAAUUGGGACCUGCUCAAGUUAGUUUGCCUUGUGAAGAAUCACGGAAAGGGCUGGGGUGGCGGCUCAGUGGUAGAGCACCCACCCAGCGUGUGUGAGGCCCUGGGUUCGA